UACGUCCAAGUCAUUCUGGUACUGUUGGUUUUUAGAAAUUCCAAGGAAGGUUCUUCCCUUUUCACAUUGAAGAACGGCGUGAUCGCUUACACCCUUUGUGCAGAGCCUGCCGGAGCAAAUAAGCGAUCCAAAAUAGCUAACCGAAAGGGGAAAAAUGAGAAGCCAAAUGCAACAAGUAUGAAUGAAUAUUUGGCAAAGUCAAAUAAAUGAGCAGUUGAAGGACCCGCGGACUGAUUCAACGCUGAACGCUCCGUCGCGAAACCGAAAACUCUCUCAUUCUGUUAUUCUAGCUUCGCUAAUGAGCUCUGACGAUUCGGACAGAGAACAUGGUGUUGCCGCCAUGGUCGAGUGCAGAUAUCAACGUAAAGCAGUUCUCUUUUUGGCAUACCAGAGUUUAGGCUUUCUGAUUGGUGACCUUAGCAUCUCCCCGCUUUAUGUAUAUCAAAGUAUAUUUUCUGGUAGACUGCAAUAUAUUCAAAAUGAGGAUGCAAUAUUUGGUGCUUUCUCUCUGAUUUUUUGGACUCUCUCUCUUAUGUCAUUGUUUAAGUAUGUCAUUAUGGUGCUGAGUGCAGACGAUAAUGGAGAAGGGGGAAUUAUUGCUUUGUAUUCACUUCUUUGCAGAAAUGCAAAAUUUUGUCUGCUACCUAAUCAGCAAGCAUCUGAUGAGGAGCUGUCUACAUAUCAUAAACCUGGUUGCACAAAUAGAAAUAUACCAUUCUCACCUUUGAAAAGACUCAUUGAGAGGCAUAAGAUCACAAAACCUGCUUUGCUGAUUUUUGUUCUCCUGGGUGCAUCUAUGGUUAUUUGUAUCGGUGCUCUGGCACCAGCUAUUUCUGUGCUUGCAUCUAUUAAAGGGCUGGAAAGCCAGGCAAAGGUCACGAAUAAUAGUAUGUUGCUUCUUAUGUCUUGUGUUCUAUUGGUUGGACUCUUUGUACUGCAACACCGUGGUGCCCACAGUGUGGCCUUCAUGUUUCCUCCUAUUGUGGUCUUGUGGUUACUUUUUAAUUUCAUGGUUGGCAUUUACAAUGUCAUCAAAUGGAAUCCAAGAGUAUAUCAGGCUCUAUCUCCGCAUUAUAUAUAUAGGUUCUUUCAGGUUACAGGAAAAGAUGGUUGGGCUAAUCUUGGAGGGGUAUUCUUGUGCGUCGCAGGGACCGAAGCUAUGUUUGCAGACCUAGGAUACUCUGGGCAAGCGCCUAUAAGGGUUGCAUUUUGUUGUGUUAUUUAUCCAUGUCUAGUCCUUCAAUACAUGGGGCAAGCUGCAUUUCUUUCCAAGAAUUUAUCUGCAGUGCGUAUAAGCUUUUAUGCUUCCAUUCCAGACGUCCUUUUUUGGCCAGUAUUUGUGGUGGCUGUUUUGGCAGCGAUAGUUGCAAGUCAGGCUGUUAUCUCUGCAGCAUUCUCAAUUGUCAAACAAUGCCAUGCAUUUGAUUGUUUCCCUCGUGUUAAGUUUGUGCAUUCCAGACGAUGGAUCCAAGGGCAGACAUACAUACCAGAGAUAAAUUGGAUUCUUAUGAUUAUCAGCCUGGCUGUGACUAUUGGUUUUGGGGAUCCAAUUCAUAUAGGAUAUGCUUAUGGGAUUGCUUGUCUAAUUGUUACAUAUGUGACCACAUGGUUGACAUCGCUAGUCAUCAACCUUGUAUGGCAUCUAAGUAUUGUAGCUGCUCUUGCACUUCUUUUAUUCUUUGCUUCAAUAGAGGUUCUCUUCCUUUCCUCUUAUUGCAUGAAAAUCCCAAAAGGUGGCUGGGUUCCGUUAAUGCUCUCUGCAGUUUUCCUGGUGGUUAUGUUUGUGUGGCAUUAUGGUUCUAGGAAAAAGUAUUUAUUUGACAUGCAUAACAAAGUUUCCAUGAAGUGGAUCCUUACACUGGGCCCUAGUCUUGGGAUUGUCAGGGUCCCAGGAAUGGGCCUCAUCUACACUGAAUUAGCUGCUGGAAUACCAGCGACUUUCACUCACUUCUUGACCAAUUUGCCAGCUUUUUACCAAGUGGUUGUUUUUGUUUGUGUUAAGACUGUACCUGUGCCUUGUGUACCACAUAAAGAACGUUACCUCAUUGGCCGAAUCGGUCCCAAAUCUUACCGAAUGUAUCGGUGCAUUGUUCGAAAUGGUUAUAAGGAUGUUUACAACAAUGAAGCUGAUUUUGAGAACGAUCUGGUGCUUAGCAUAGCGGAAUUCAUCCAAUUGGAAUCAGAAGGUGGUUCUAGAAACCUAGAGGGUUCUGUGGAUGGCCGGAUGGCUGUGGUUAAGACAUCUGGAAAGUUUGGGACAAGAUUGUUAAUGUCAGAAUCUGCUAUUGCUGAAGAAGGCAGUAGUUUGAGUCUUUCUGAAACCUUGACAGUAAGCAGCAGCAAGUCACCCACGCUGAAGAGGCUGCAGGCCAUGUAUGAACAGGAAUCACCUGAACUCAACAAUAGGAAACGGAUUCGAUUUGAGUUGCUAAAUACAAUAUAUAGAGAUCCACAUGUGAAGGAGGAGCUCCUGGAGCUUGUAGAAGCCAAGCGUGUAGGUGCAGCAUAUGUAAUAAAUCAUUCUCACGUAAAGGCCAAGUGGAACUCAUCAUUCAUAAAAAGGUUUGCCAUCAACCUUUACUCUUUUCUACGCAAGAAUUGUCGAGCCCCUGCUGUAAGCUUGAACAUUCCUCACGUUUAUCUGAUCAAGGUAGGCAUGAAUUAUCAUGUCUAAGACUAUUAUGCAAGCAAACUAGAAUAUCUAUAGGCGAGUUUGUUUCAUAUACAGAGUCAAUACACGCGGUUUGUUACUCUAGGAUUUUGGCUUUGCGUGUCCAGACGAAUAGUUUGAUAUCAAGACGUUUAAUUUUGUAAUGAAAUGGUGUUUGGUGCGGGCUGAUGAACUUGCCAAAUAUAUACUUCCGCUUCCUUGUCGUAGUCUUGUUUUGCCAUCUCUCAGUGACUGUUGUUACAUUGAAUCACAUUUGCUGCUAUUAUAGUUGGUCCCUUCUCCCCCGAUGUGUUUCCGGAUGCAGCCUCACGCUCUUUUUUGCGUCUGUAUUUAGAAUGAUUUUUGUUCUAAUGAAACUAUUAAAGAACUAAUUUGAAUUUUUCAUUUUAUA